AUAAAAUAUAAUUUUAUUUAAAUUACUUUCAUUUGAUGUUUUAUUAUAAUAUUUUAUUUACAGAUGAAUAUGUUUCAGGAAAAUAUACUUUACCAAAAGGCGUUGAUGUCUUAAUAACAACAAUAAACUUGCAUCGCAAUGAAAAGUAUUGGCCGAAAGCGUUGACAUUCGAUCCAGAUAGAUUUCUUCCGGAAAACAUAGCAAAUAUUCAUCCAUGUAGUUAUAUACCGUUUAGUAAUGGUCCAAGGAACUGUAUUGGUGCAAAGUACGCAAUGAUUUCUAUGAAAAUCCUCAUAGCAACCCUGUUGCGGACAUACAUAUUAAAAGUCGAUAAGGAGGUUAAAAUAGAAGAGAUAAAAUUGAUGGCGAAUUUGUUGUUAACGCCUGUCAUCCCUUUAAAAGUCAGGAUUGAAAAGAGGAAAAAAUUGCAUGAGAGGGAAUACCAAAAUAAUAAGAAAGCUAGGUUUGAGCAGUUCAAGCUCUAGCGCGGACACAAUUUAUCUAGCAACUGAUACCGUCUCUCCAAAAGAGAACAGUGAAAGAAGAUUGUGGGAUUUUCUUACGCAAAUAUUGGCUGCGUUCAGCGAAACAAAGUGAUAAGUGAGCAAUAAAUUAUUAUUAGUCUGCACUGUUAGAUCACUACUUUUGUUAGAUCCAUAAAUAUGUUAGGUUCAUAAAUCUAGACUAAUUAUAUUGACGAAUCACUCAACCUCUAUAUUUGCUGAACGCAACAAAUGCUAUAGUAGCCUUACUGACUACCUGUUUUAGUUUAUCGUAAGAUUCCCAGCCUGAAAAAGAAUAUGAAGGGAGGAUAUAGGAAGAGGGAAAAAAGUUUUUGAUAAAAAAGACAGAAUGCAGUUUAUGAAUAAAAAUAAACUUUUGAUAUUUUAUUUUGUAAUGUCUGCAGCUGAUUUAUCACAUAAAUAUCAAUACUGAUUGCAAGAGAACUCUUUAGUUUGAAAAUAAAUUCUCCUAUUCAACAAGAAGAAUAAGUUCAUAAACUUACAAAAAAUAAACUAGACAAUCUUUCCGACCAUCAGUUUGUUGUACAUACGAUUAACAGGCAAUAUAUCGAAAAACAAUUGUCUCUGCAUCGCAAGCGUCAUUAUUCUGCCUUCAGAUAUCAGUCAAUAGUGACUUCUGCUAAGAGACAGUCGCAUAUUUGCUGGACUCGGUUUCAUCGGUAUGACUUUAAGAGUUUUAGUUGCGUCAUACAGCGUCAAUAAGAUGCAAAAAUAGGGAUAGUAAAAACUCGAUAUAUUAUUAUUGUAAUGUAUGCAAGAUAAUAUUUUUCUACGAAUUCCUUAUUCCCGCUAAUGUGUACAGCUCCCAUUUCUUGGAAUCUACCUUCUCAUUUCAAUAGUGUUGCAUGGCAGUUACUACGAGUACACUAAGUAGUAUCGGAAGUGGAAUAUUUGGUACUUCUUGCUUCAUGGGAAUAUAUAUCGAUACUGGAUAUAUCAAUAUUGGAUUCUUCAGAAAUUUCAUAUCAAUUUUUUAAAAGGACGUAAGAAUGACAUGCUAUGUAUGACAUAUUUUUCAAUUUCCUCGAGUAUAUAGAAUGUCUGACGGAAAUUAUACGAAACCACGUGUAAAAGCACGCCAAACUGAACAAGCGCUUGAGUAGCUUAUACUUUAGUGCAGGCACAAUUUAUAUAGCAACUGAUACCGUCGUUCAGAGAGAGAACAGUGAAAGGAGAUUGUGCGAAUUUCUUACGCAAGUAUUGGCUGCGUUUAGCGAAACAAAGUGAACAGUCAGCAAUCAAUUAUUAUUAGUCUGCACUGUUAGAUCCCUACAUUUGUUCCAUCCAUAAACCUGUUAGACUUAUAAAUCUAGACUAAUUAUAUUGACAAACUCAACCGCUGUAUUUGUUGAACGCAACCAUUGACAAAUAUUAUGGUAGCUUCACUGUAUAUCUAUUUUAAUUUGAAACUAUCGUAAGAUUCCCAGCCUGAAAAAGAAUAUGAAGAGAGUUGUAGGAAGAGGGAAAAAACAUAAUGCAGUUUAUGAAUAACAACAAACUUUUGAUAUUUUAUUUUCUAACAGCUGAUUUAUCACACGAAUAUCAACAUCGAUUGCAAGAGAACUCUUUAGUUGUAAAAUAAAUUCUCUUACUGAAUAAGAAAAAUAGGUUUUUAAACUUACAAAAAUAAACUAGAUAACCUUUCUGACUACCAGUGUACAUACGCAGGCAAUACAGUAAAAAAUAAUUGUCUCCGAAUCGUACAUGUCAUUACUCUGCCUUCAAAUAUUCACUGCCACUAAGGAACAAUCGCACCUUAAUCAUUUUCAAUGAGACAAAAUUCGUCUCAUGGCAUUAUGCGCAUUAGUUCGCCAAUUUUUUCAUUAAUAUCUCGAAAUCUCAUGUAGUUGUUUGGAAAAUGGCAGAGAAAUUUUCUAUUCACUUUAACUUAAUUUAUUUAUACACAUACACGUUGAUACACUUUGCGUCAAACAGACUCUAUAUAAUUACGAAAUCAUUUUAUAAGACUCCAAAAAUAGCUGGAACCGUAAUAAAUUUUUGUGAUAAAAACAUUAGAGAGAAAAAGCGAUUGAAACCGAUGGUAUCUAGAAAAUCUAAUUAUUUUCUAUCGCUAUCUAUCGUCUUCUUUUAGGAGAAUAUUGAAUUUCUGGAACACACUAGAAAAGAUUAAGUGUAUAUUGUACCGCUUUCUUAAAAUCUGUCAUGAAUAAAACAUUGAAAAUCUGUUGUAAAUAACAUCUGUUUAUCAUUAGUAAUGAUAAGGGAAACAUAAAGUUCUCUAUUAUAGAUAAUUAUCUUUGCACUUGGAACUCGUCGUACGAUUUCCAUUGGACUUUGUCGUCUUUGAUAAACUGGUCUGAACUAUAUGACAUUAAAGGUGCCUUUACUAGGAGCGUCGAGCAUCGAACGUCAAGUAUUGAGUAUAUGCACAUUAAUAUAUAGUGAGUGUUUGCUGAAACACAAAAUUAAUUUGAUUGCACUCUGAACUGUCAAUUGAAUUUCGAGAUAUUUAUUAGCAAUUCAGAAAAAGUUGCAAGAUAUUACAAAAUGUCUAUUAAUUGUCAGCAUCAUUUGUGGUUAUUAAAAUGCAGUAGCAUUAUGAGUAACCCCAAGUAGCACAGCAGCAUCUACAAAGCGCUCAGAAAGACUUUUGCAGGUGUCUUACUGUUAUAAAAGCGCUAUACAAGCGCUUUACAAGUGCUUUGUGCUACGUGCUACGAAUAUUACAAACAAAACGUUAAUUGCAUUAAUGUCACUAAUUGCAAAUGCAAUAUAAGCAAAAAAAAAUGUUUUGGGUAUUACAAAUAUUCGCAGAAAGAAAGGGACACGAAUUCGAUUACGCAACAUUGCACUAAUAGCGUCAAGACGCUG